ACUUGCCUCUAAUCAUAGUUACAGUGCCAAAAAGGGACAGAGAUUUGACUCUGGAACAGAAGAUACCGGAGAGCACACUCCGACUUCGUCGCGGGCGCAAUCUCCUGAUCCAACGACCCCUGGAACAUCGAUCCCUAUAUCCGUCAGAGCGACUUCAGAACCCCCGGAACUCAAACUAGUGUCAGACAAUUCACCUCCUGAGUACUCCUGGCAAUGGGGUAGUUUCCCUGUGCAAACACCUAAGUCGUCAACUUUCCCAGGGAGCAUCCACGAGCAUCCAAGAAUCUCUGGCCUCCCAUCGACUUCGGAGCCAACACUUCCUCUUCAUGAGGUGAUCCCUGAAGUUGCUGAAGACGACGACGAUGAGAUCAACUUUGGACGAGGCGGUUUGCUUAAACCAGGAGACCAAGGGGUUUAUGUAUUGGAGCUCAAAGGUGAAAGUACUGAAUUUGAUAUCAGUCUAUGUGGAGAUUUGAGCGACAUGGAGGCUGAGGAAGCCGAAACCCUUUUUGCACAACACCGUGUGCCAUUCCAGGCAUUUAUUAACGAUCCUGCUAUUGUUCACAAAGAUGAACUGGCUGUCCAAUGGAAGGGAAA